AUGGGGCUCUUACUCGCCAUCGUCUUUCUUUCAAACAUCAUCUUAGCCGUCGACGGGCAAAUUUGUUUCUGUGGAAACUGCCAGCCAGGAUUCCUGAACAUAGGAGGCAUAUGCUACCAAUUUGUUACCACUCCGAAGCCGUGGAGCGACGCUUCGAAACACUGCCACAGCAUGGGAGCCAACCUCGUCUCCAUAGACAACACCUUUGAUUCCUUUAACUUGUUCGAGGCCGUCUCCCUUCUGAAAGAUGCAACCAAUUGCAAGAAGCAGAGAAAUAAUAUUGAAUUCUGGUCAGCCGGUUUCAUAACAAAAAUCGAUGGUCCAAUAAACCCAAAAGCAUUCAGCUGGAAAGUUUCUGGAGCGUUCUCGGUUUACGAUAAGGUCAAAUCAACAAUCCAACACUUCGACCCUAGUUCAUCUUGCCUCUGCGACGGACUGACCUACAUUACCUACCCGAUUCUUGAUGUUUCUAUAGAAUGGUUUACCGGUUUUCCGGUAAACACUGCGACCAAUACAGCUUUAGUUCUGAGCGCGAUGAAUAGAACAAUGAAGAUCCUCAAUGAUAAUCCUACAACCCCAUUCUGUUACAUCUGCGAGAAGAAUGUUGUGCCACGUUAA